AUGCCUGCCGGCUUUUGCACUCUCCAAGCAGUGUUUAUUGCACUAGGAACGUUUAUCGCGACGGGCGUCGUAGCGACAUUCUCGUACAUAACGAGCUCAAUCGCAGCUAAACCCAAGUCUUGGGCGUCUCCUAACCACCCUGCCUUCAGCUGGAAACACGCCUAUCUGCUCCCAACCGCCAUCUUCCCCGCAGUCGCAACGUCCAUCUACAUCGCCUGCGUCCUCAAGUACAACUCGGUCACACCCGUCAGGGACUUUUUCUGCGACUCCUCGACGCCCCAGUGGAUCCGCUUCUUGAGCUACGCCGGUACCCCCCUCCUCCUCUCCCUCCCCGCCCUAGCCCUCUCCACACACUCCCUCCUCCGCGUCCGCCAAACCACCAAGCACAUCAAGCGCGCUCGUACCGGCGAACUCGAUUUUGCCUUUGGCCAUGCAGGUUCCGACAGCGAUGAUUUCGGGCUGGGGAUAAUCACAAACACCUUCCACCCUCGCAAACGGGAGCAAAGUUCUGAUUCACAUAGUUCAGAAUCUCUAGGACUCGCCCUGCGGAAAUCUUCUUCUUCAGGUGCACCCACGCCCACGCCCGCACCCUCCUCCGCCCCUAAACGCAUACCAAAAGUCCAAUUCCACAUCCCGCUCAAACCAUCCGCUGCCUCACCCGCGCCUGCGACGAAGCAUGAAGAUGCUGAAGGAGCAAUCUCACAGGAGGAGCAUAUCCGCCUCGACAAGCUCAACAACCGAGGUCGUAGCGGUAGCAACACCAGUUGCUCGUCGGAAGAAGAGGAAGAGGACGGAGUUAGGAGGUCAUCACUCCCACCGCCUCCCCUCUCUAUGUCACUCGGCGUAGAUGCGGACGUGGACGGCAAUACCACCCCUAAACCAUCGAUGGAUCUCACAGACCUAAGGAAACCUUCCCUAGACUCGAAGCCACCGACCAAGCCUUCCCUAGACCUGUGCACCACAAGCCAGCACAAAGCUUCGUUCUCCAUCGAAGGCGCACCGUCCUCCGACUCUUCCCACUCACACUUCCCUUCACACGAAACAGGGGACGAAAUCACCUCGGUCCAGCGAACGAACCUCGUCCUCGAAUCAGGAGGGAAGCGUACCAGCUUGGUGGAAUUGGACGGGGCACCCAAGCGGGCAAGUCUAGUCGAGCUGGAAACCGCUUCUAGUACACCAAGGCGUACCAGUCUGCUCGUCGAGACGCUCACAACGCCCACACCAGACACCCUCCUCACACCGUCCACAGCUAUCGAGAUUGAGGAAAUGGAGGUCAAGUGGAAGGUCGGAGCGGAAGGCGUGAAGGGAGGACACGACGCCAAACCUGGAGAUAUGAAGACAGGUGAUAAGAAGGCUGCAGGAGACGACUUGAACGACGACGAAGACAAGAAGGACCUCGAAUACGGCGAAGACGACGAGGAAGACGAUGGCUCCAUAUCCGAAUACCUAAGUCGACUACCCACGACACGCGUCCCGCCUAUACGGACGCACGCCAAGGCGUUUAAUUACUUUGACGGUGGCGAUCCGAGAACGAGAACAUCAAUCCGCAAAUCGCGCCCACCACCCGCUUACCUCUCGCCUCCCAUAUGGCGGACAAUCGUGUUCCAGAUGUACGUUCUUCGUUCGGUAGUUCCUGCAAUGCGUUUGACCAACGCCUUUACUCUCUCCUCUCCCUUCCUGGCCACCUUCCCUCUUUUUCCAUGCUUCACAACCAACAGCGCAUUCACAGUAAUCCAAUCCCUCGGUACCCUCUCCACCCUCAUCGACGUCGCCUCCAACCGCGCCCAACCCACCCCACUCGGGACACACCACUUUGCCCUCCUCUUCGUGGUGUGGGGUCCGAUCUUUGCUUUCGCCUCCCUCCCACAGACGAAACAACACCUCAUCCCGCCCCGCCUCCGAUUCCUCAAACUCUCCCCCGCUCUUUCCCGCAUCCUGCCAACCCGCCGAUCGACCCGAUCCUCCGACUCCUCACCCCACCGCACUUCACAUCGACCACGCAGAACAAGAAGACCGAGCCGGAUCCCGCUCACUUUGUUCAAGAAGACGUCGUCGUCUAGUGAACCGUUCACGUUCGAAAUUCCCGCCGCUUCUUCUUCGUCUUCUUUGAAUUUCGAGGCAUAG